CCGCAGCCAGACCUCUUGGGUUAUAAAUGAUUUCAUAGGUAAAAGUUUCGUAUCGGUACGCACCGGAGUCUGCGGUGAGUUUUCUUGCCUAUGAAAAUACAAUGACCGAGUUAAGGCCGCCUGCCAAUCACGGCGGACGAUAUGGUAAGCCGAAAAGUCUCGCCGAAGCCCCCGACCUACUCUUACUGGAAGCGGCUUAGUGCCCCAGCACCCCCUCGCCCUCAGGCCAUCAGCCAGAUUGACUCUUUAUUUCUUUCUCCUCUUCGCCGCGGGUAACAUAUCCAUCUCUCCCUUUUUCUCUUGAUCGGCAUUUCAUCUUUGCUUCCUCUUGUGUAUAUCGUCAGUCUCGUUAUCCAUUGAAGUAUCACUCAUGGAGUCUCUUCUCCAGCAGUCUCGGGCGAUGUGCCCGUUCCUCAAGCGCACAUCUCCAUCCUCUCUGCGCACGCUCUCAACCGCGACUCGGCCUAGCACUAGUUCCGGUGGAGGCACCAUGUCUAAUCUCCAGGUCAUUGCUCGUCGCUGUCCUGUCAUGAGCAAGGCCCUGGCCGUGCAGAGCGCUCGCAUGGCUGGCACCAAAAGAUUUACCUCAUGCGCUGCCGGCGUUACCGGUCUCAGCAACAAGCAUUGCCGCUCUCCUACUGGGAAGAGAGCACUGCACUCCACCUCCGGCAACGGUGCCAAUGUGAGCGCUGAGAUUUACAAAACUACCCAGCGAGAUCCCGCCGGUUUUUCGAAGAUCAAAACCCCCUCCAAUGCUACCGCCGCUGCCGCUACGUCUGGCCCUCGCCCAGAUGUUCCCGUGGCGAAGCCGUUCAACUACAAUGCUUUCUACAACGCCGAAUUGGAAAAGAAACACAAGGACAAGUCGUAUCGCUAUUUCAAUAACAUCAAUCGUCUCGCUCAGGAGUUCCCCCGGGCUCACACCACAUCUACCGAGGAACGUGUGACGGUUUGGUGCUCAAACGAUUAUCUCGGCAUGGGCCGCAACCCCGAGGUUCUAGCCACCAUGCAUAAGACGUUGGACACCUACGGAGCUGGUGCGGGAGGUACUCGCAACAUCUCAGGUCAUAAUCAACAUGCCGUGGGCCUGGAGAGCACCCUAGCCAAAUUGCACGGCAAGGAGGCGGCAUUAGUCUUCAGCUCGUGCUUCGUGGCCAACGAUGCCACCCUCGCAACCUUGGGUAGCAAGAUGCCGGACUGUGUUAUUCUGUCCGAUAGCCUGAAUCAUGCAUCCAUGAUUCAGGGUAUUCGCCAUUCAGGCGCCAAGAAAAUGGUUUUCAAGCAUAAUGAUCUGGUCGACCUUGAGGCUAAGCUGGCAUCCCUACCUCUUCAUGUCCCCAAGAUCAUUGCAUUUGAAUCGGUUUAUAGCAUGUGUGGAUCUAUUGCGCCAAUUGAGAAGAUCUGUGAUCUUGCAGACAAGUACGGUGCCAUUACUUUCCUAGAUGAAGUUCACGCUGUGGGAAUGUACGGACCUCACGGAGCAGGUGUGGCAGAGCACCUUGACUAUGACAUCUAUGCUUCCCAAGAUACGGCCAACCCGCGCAGUACGAAGGGAACCGUGAUGGACCGUAUCGAUAUCAUCACUGGUACUCUCGGCAAGGCCUACGGAUGUGUCGGGGGCUAUAUUGCUGGAUCCGCUGCGAUGGUUGACACCGUCCGCUCCCUCGCCCCUGGCUUCAUCUUCACUACGUCCUUGCCGCCCGCUACCAUGGCUGGUGCAGACACUGCUAUCCAGUAUCAGGCUCGUCACCAGGGCGACCGUGUCCUGCAGCAGUUGCACACCCGCGCGGUCAAAGCAGCUUUCAAGGAGUUGGAUAUUCCUGUGAUUCCAAACCCCUCUCACAUCAUUCCGCUACUGGUUGGGGAUGCCGAGGUUGCUAAGAAGGCCUCGGACAAGCUUCUGGAGGAGCAUGGAAUUUACGUACAAGCUAUUAAUUACCCAACCGUGCCUCGGGGUGAAGAGCGUCUGCGUAUCACGCCCACCCCCGGACAUGUCAAGCAUCACCGCGACCACCUGGUGCAGGCCGUCCAGACUGUCUGGAACGAGCUGGGCAUCAAACGCACCAGCGAUUGGGAAGCGCAAGGCGGUUUCGUCGGCGUGGGUGUUGAGGGCGCCGAGGCUGAGAACCAGCCGAUUUGGAACGACGCGCAGCUGAGGUUGAAGGAAAACGAAGCCAUUGAGGCUGCUGUGGAACGCGAGUUUGCCGAGGCCCCCACGCAGACCGCCACCCGUCCUUCCGCGGCUGUCGCUUCGUCAAUCCCGGUGGGUGUGGCUGCCUGAAGUGGCUACCCGCAUGUGAGCUGAAAUUGAAAUGGAAUUCUAUAUACACCCUCUCUAUGUUAUAAAUUCCACAUCCACUCCUUUGGCCCUUGUUCGCCGCAGUGCGCAAAUAUGACUGGACGUAAUUGGUAUUUGGUCUGUUAAUUAGAACCAGUCUGUCGUUACUGUGUGUUUCGGUUCGACUUGAAAUCUAACAUACUAUUUUACCCACCCCCCAACAAAUACCACUUCAUCUCAUCCGUAACCGCAGAGCUUCAAAUACACUACCCAGUAAUUGUAGUCAAUGUCAGUAGUCAACUAACCUUCAGAAUUCUUCUAAAAAUAAUAAAAAAGUAUCAUAAAACGUAGUACCGAACAUCACCUACCUCCGAUCAAUAUCCGAGCCUCAGGCUACAUCAGGUCGCAUU